GCCGAGCUGCAUAGGAAAGAUAUGGCGCUGAAGUUGGAGAAGGAGCAAAAUAAGCAACUCUGGGAUCGGGACACCGGCAGCAGCGUCGCCGUCGACAAUUUGCGGAGAGAACUGGAGAACAAGAACGUGGAGCUGCAGCACAUGCAGUCCGUCGUCAACUCCAUGAAGAUGGAGUAUCAGGAACAAAUGGAACGCCAGAUUUCUGCAAUUAAAGAGAAAAACGAAAGCGUUGAGAAGGUGGCCAGUUUGACGGCCCAGCAAGAGUCCAUUAGAGACAUGCUCCGUGGAGUCGUCAAAGAGCUGACGGAAAAGAAGAUAAACCUGGAGUCUGCAGAGAGGCAAGUGGCCGACCUGACGAAGUGUCUGCAAGAGAAAGAGAUAGAGAUCCAGCUGACCAAUGAGGAGAUCCAGAUGCUCCAAGGACGGGUGGACAGCAACCAACGCGAGCUCCAACAGUUGAAGAGCGAAGGCCAUCAUCUGCAGAGCGUGAAGUCCGACUGCGAGGCCUUUAAGCUGCAGGUGAAGGAGAAGGAGAAGAUCAUCGAGAUCCUGCAGAAGCAGAUCGACAACAUGACCCAAAUGGUGGGCCAGCACGGGCGGACAGCUGGGGCCAUGGAGAUGGAAAAAUCUCAGCUUUUGAAGGAAAUCAGUGACAAGAAACAGGAGCUCCAAGAACUUAAGCUUUCUCAGGAUCACAAAGACAGCCAGAUUCGUGAACUAGAGGCCAGCCUGAGUGAGAUGGAGCUGGACAAGGUUAAACUGGCAAACAUGAACGCCGAGCGGCUUCGAAGCAUGAAAGAACUGAUUCUGGAACGAGACAACCUGGUGACUGCAGUAAAAUGCAGUCGUUUUGAGCUGGCUGCGCUUGCAGAGAAGUCUGAUGUUGCAAAGAAUGAUUACCGAAUAAAAAACGAAGAGCUGGAAACCACUGUGACCAAGCUGAAAGCGCAACUGAAAUCUGCACAGAUUGAACUGGAGCAAACCAGAGCCACAUUAAAGACUGUGGAAGGAUCUGAUGGCCACGCCAUGAAGGUUGCCAUGGGGAUGCAGAAGCAAAUCACAGCCAAGCGAGGACAGAUAGAUGCUUUGCAGAGCAAGAUUAAGUUCUUGGAAGAAGCAAUGACCAACGCGACUAAGGAGAAGCAUUGCCUGAAAGAAGAGAGAAACAGGUUGAGCCAGGAGCUGAGCUGUCUGGCUUCUUUAAACAACAAAAUGGCAGGGGAACUGGAGAUUCUGCGAUCCCAAGACAAACGCAUGAAAGAGAAACUGCAUACUAUGGAGGCAGCUUCUAAUAAGGCGUCUGUGCAGUUUGCAGAAUGUCAAUGCAUCAUGCAGCAGCAGGAGCAAGAAAUGAUGCGCUUCAAACUUCAGCAUGCUCUGGAAGUAAAAGAUCUACAAGGGCCUUGCUUUACACGGGGAUCCUCUUGUGUGAAAAUGCGCCAUUCAGUUCUGCCCCAUUCCCACCCGUGCAGCACUCCGUCCUCCGAAUCCUUUGCUGGCCACAUGACUCUUAUGUUGCCCAGGGCCAGCACCGCAAAGGAGGACCCGUUGCGCGAUUUAAAGCAAGUUCUCCACGAACUGCGAACGACAGUCGACGAAAUUCCUUCUGCGAUUCUUCCCAGGAGAGAAAGCGACAGCGAGACUGACUCUCUGAUGGAAGCCGCCUGCAAUGCUCUAGACCUCUCCAGCAAAGAAUGUAUUAGCAGAAGACCACAUGACUCUUUCAGCAGGGACAUCCCAAGCAGAGAUGUGCCCAUCGACGUCCCCAUGAGGCAGGAUACUUUCAGCAGGGAGCCAUUAUUGUUGCACACUGCAGAUCUUGAGGAUCCAGACACCACACUCACUUUUCCAUCCGGUGUGACUCGUACGAUCUUCACUUCCACUUCCCGGUACGCCACUGCAAAGAAACUGUCUCCGGAGGAGCGGUUCAAGGUGAGGUCCCCUGUGCAUACGUUGCUAACUGCUCCACUGGAUGACUUCAGGGCAGUUUCCGGUCCCCCGCUGGAACAUCGUUCAUGUCUGAAGAAGAGCAGCUCUCCAGAAGCCUCGACCUCCUGUAGAAGUAGGUGUCUUUUUCCUAGAUGA